AUGUCGUCUCCGGCGAAAACUACGCGUGUAUCAACACUGGCAGCUGUUCCGCUAUUGCCAAGCACUUCAGCUAAUGAUCUUCAAGAUGAUUUUGAAGCAUUUCGAUUGCGUACCGUAAUACGUGAUUUUAAAUUAAUGGCUGAAUUAUUUGCAUCAAACGGUGACAUUGUAUUAAUAUGUGGAAGAAACAAUCAAGAAAAGCAAGGCAUGCUAUUAGUAUCAUACAAAAUUCCAUCACAAACAGCAUCAUUAACAGUAUCUAUACAACUGCUUAAAGUAAUUAAAUUAGCAAAAAAGAGUGUCACACAACUUGAAACAAUACCAAUAUUAAAAGUCGCCUUAUUGUUAGGCGAUGGAGUGAUUAGUUUGUUAGAUGUUAAUACACUUGCUGAAAUUGCUACUGUAGUAGUUAAUAAUUGCACUUUAUUUUCAACUUGGUAUGAUAUUGAAUCAAGUACAUCUUCACCAAACGCUACUAAAGCAAUUCCAACUGAACUUCGACUAUGUGCAGUACGACGUCGUUUACUUUCUUUCUAUCGUUGGACUCCUCCACAACGAAAACUAGAAGAAAAUAUUGAUCUACGUGGUGGUUUCGAUCUAAUGGAUACUCCACGUGCGCUGGCAUUAUCUCGUGAAAAAAUCUGUAUCGGUUACAGACGAUCCUAUGUUAUUAUGAGUCUUACAACUGGUAUGAUGGUUCAUGAAUUACCAUUUGCCAUGGUAAAUGAACCAGUUAUCAAUUGUCUUCAAGAUCGUACGCAAUGGUGUAUACAAAUGGAUUCAAAUACUGUAUUUUUAAAUGCAAAUUUUGAACCACUGUAUGAAAAUGGUAUUACAUGGAAAGAUAUACCAUCGGCUAUUGUUCAAGCAAGUCCAUAUGUUUUAUCAUUGAUGAGUCAAACAAUUGAUGUUUGUACAUUUAAUGGUUCACAAUCAGUACCUGUUCAACAAAUUCAACAUAAAGGUCCAACAACAAUAGGAAAAUGUCGUUUAUGGAUGGACGCUCAAACUGAAAGAAUUUACGCUGCAACAACAACAGAUGUCUACGUACUUGAGCCUAUAUCUGUUCAUAUACAAUUGAGGAAUUAUACUGGCAAAAAUAGAUAUGAUUUAGCUUUAAUUCUUAUUCGAGCUGUACUUGGCAUGUCUGUAUCAUCAUCCAUGCAUGAUCAAUCUAGAAAACCAGAUGGUCAUGCAAAAGGAAAAAUUGAUUUAUCUGUUCUACCUAUACAAGUCGUAUAUGCAAAUAAUGAACAGUCAUCAUCUAAAUCAACAUCAAUAGCUCGUCAAAAUUCUGCAAUAUUUGAUUCGACUCGUUCUGAUGAAAAACUAAGUGAAACUGAACUUUGGAGUGAAUAUUAUCGUGUUGGCACAAUGUAUGCAUUUCAAUUAUUUCAUAAACAACAAUUUGAACAGGCUUUUGCUGAGUUUAAUGAAUUUUUAACUGAUCCAGCUGAAAUUAUAUCUCUAUUUGCGCCAGUAUCAGAACAUGGCUGGUUAGGACAAUCGUACAAUGACCUGAAAGCAUUUGUUCAUCAGCAUCAACAUUUCUCUGAACCAAAUGAUUUUGUUGGUGUUAAAUUUGAAAAUGCUUUGCAUGAAUUACAACGUUAUUUAACUGAUCUUCGUCGAGUUUUCCAAACAGUUUUUCGACGUUCACCCGACAGUUGUCUUGAAGUUCAAUCACUUGUUCAAAAUCGAUUUAUCUUAAAACCCGUACGUGAUUUAUUAACAAUUGUUGAAACUGCUCUACUUAAAGCCUAUUUAAUGGACAAUAAUAUGACAUUAUCAAAUGCGCUUUUACGUAAUCAAGAUAAUUGCUGUUUAGUAGUGGAAAUUGAAAGAGAACUAAAACGAUAUCAUCGUCGUUCAGAAUUAGUUGCAUUCUAUGAAAAACAAAAUCGGCAUAAAGAAGCGUUAGAAUUAAUUAUGCGUACAGAAUCAUUAUCAUCACGUGAAAAUGUUCUGAAUUAUUUAUCUAAAUUAGAUAACGAUAAUUUAAAAUUAAUCUUUGAAUACAUGGAACCAAUGUUAACAUCAGCGUUGCACGAAAAAAAUAAUCGUGAUAUACUUCAAGAUAUAUUGACAUUGUUUGUUGGCGAAACAUCACCAACAUCACCAUUAGCAACAAUGGAUAUUUAUCCACGAACAAUUAAACUUGAUCCAAUUCAAGUUUAUGAAUUUUUACAAAAGAUUAAUCAAGAUUUUUCUAUAAGAUAUUUGGAAAUGAUCUGUUUAAAACCAGAACUAGGUACAAAACAACGAGAUAUUCAUAACCGUUUGGUCUAUGCUUAUUGUGCUCGUAUUAAACAAUUGUCUGAUCAAUUUAAACCGAUGAUAGUCAAAAGUCUACAAGAAAGUUAUGAAGACAAUGAUUUGCGUGCAACUCAACCAUCAUCUAUUAACGUUGAAAAUUAUUCAUUAAUGUCUCCAAUAAAAAACCAAAAAAAUGAAUAUGAAUCAAAAUUAAAAUUCUUUUUACAUAAUGAAAAUUGCCAAUGUGAUUUCGAUAAAUUAGAAGCCUAUUUUGUUCAAGACCAAAAUGAUCCAUCUAAUGAGAAUUUAUUUAGUUUACAUUAUGCGAUUGUACUUGGUAAGCUGGGCCGACAUGAAUUAGCACUGGAGACAUUUGUUAAAAAUGGAUUUUUCACCGAUGCCGAAAGUUAUUGUGAAACUAUUUAUUCGAACGGACAAAUUCAAUUAGCACAAGAUCUCUAUCGUCGUUUAAUUGAAUUUUUCUUAAAGCAAAGUAAAGAUGGAAAUCUAAAUGAUAAUAGUUUAAAAUCAAUUUUACGUGUUGUUAACAAUGCAUCGGAUCGUCUUGAUCCAGUUCAAACACUUGAAAUUUUGCCAACACAAUUAAAAUUAAAUAAUUUAAAAGAUUUUAUUGAACACUCCUUACAAACAUGUUCGACAAAUAAACGUGGUUCACAAUUAGAACGUAAUCUACUAUUUUUAAAGUUACUUCGUACACAAUCAAAUCGUAUAUCAAGUGAAAAUCAUUCGUUUAUUAUUGAUGUUGAUUCUAAAUGUGCACGAACAGAAUGUACGCAACCAUUUACAGGAACACAGGCUGUUGUAAGAUUUCCAAAUAAUAAAAUUGUUCAUCUUCAUUGUAAAACAAGAUAUGAAAAUGAAUGUUCGAAAGGCAAUAAGAACCGAUAUUAA